AUGGCCGACAAGCCCAACCGUUCCCGAUCUUUUAGCAUCAUGGCCGCUGCCCAGCAGGACCACCUCAACGGUGGUGGACGCAUCAACUGGCUGGCUUCGCUCAACACGGCCUUUAGCCCCGAGCGCAACUACCGCCGCUCCUCCAUCAUCUGCACCAUAGGGCCCAAGACCAACUCGGUCGAGGCCAUCAACCGCCUCCGCGAUGCCGGCCUCAACGUCGUCCGCAUGAAUUUCUCGCACGGCUCCUACGACUACCACCAGUCCGUCAUCGACCAUGCUCGUGCCGCUGUCGACUGCCACCCCGGGCGACCCGUUGCCAUUGCCCUCGACACCAAGGGGCCUGAGAUUCGCACCGGCAACACCAAAAACGACGAAGACCUCCCCAUCUCCGUCGGCAACGUCUUGAACAUCACCACUGAUGAUAAGUUCGCCACCUCGUGCGACACCAAAAACAUGUAUGUCGACUACAAGAACAUCACAAAGGUCAUUCAGCCCGGUCGCAUCAUUUAUGUCGACGACGGUGUUCUUGCAUUCGACGUGCUCAGCAUCAAGGACGAAAAGACCAUUGAGGUCCGAGCCCGAAACAAUGGCUUCAUCUCAUCCCGCAAGGGCGUCAAUCUGCCAAACACAGAUGUCGAUCUCCCUGCCCUCUCGGAAAAGGACAAGGCCGACCUCAAGUUCGGCUGCAAGAACAAGGUCGAUAUGAUCUUUGCGUCCUUUAUCCGUCGCGCGCAGGACAUCAAGGAUAUCCGUGAGGUGUUGGGCGCCGAGGGCAAAGGGAUCCAGAUCAUUGCCAAGAUCGAAAACCGCCAGGGCCUCAACAACUUCCAGGAGAUCCUCAACGAGACGGACGGUGUCAUGGUCGCUCGUGGAGAUCUCGGCAUCGAGAUCCCUGCCGCCGAGGUGUUUGCGGCGCAGAAGAAGCUUAUUGCUAUGUGCAACAUGGCCGGCAAGCCAGUCAUUUGCGCCACCCAGAUGCUCGAGUCGAUGAUCAAGAACCCGCGUCCCACCCGAGCCGAGAUCAGCGACGUCGGCAAUGCCAUCACGGACGGAGCCGACUGCGUCAUGCUUUCGGGCGAGACGGCCAAGGGGAGCUACCCUGUCGAGGCCGUUCGCGAGAUGCACGAGGCCUGUCUCAAGGCCGAGAACUCGAUCCCAUACGUGUCUCACUUUGAGGAGCUGUGCACUCUAGUCAAGCGCCCGGUAAGCACCGUCGAGUCGUGCGCCAUGGCGGCUGUCCGCGCGUCGCUCGAUCUCGGAGCCGGUGGCAUCAUCGUCCUGUCCACUUCGGGCGAGUCGGCCAGGCUACUCUCCAAGUAUCGUCCGGUGUGCCCCAUCUUCAUGGUGACCCGCAACGCCACAACGUCUCGUUUCGCCCACCUAUAUCGCGGCGUCUAUCCCUUCCUAUUCCCCGAGGCCAAGCCCGACUUUGAGAAGGUCAACUGGCAGGAGGACGUCGACAGGCGCAUCAAGUGGGCGGUCAACCACGCCCUGCAGCUCAAGACCUUGACCAUCGGCGACACCGUCGUCGUCGUGCAGGGCUGGAAGGGCGGCAUGGGCAACACGAACACGCUUCGGAUCGUGCAGGCUGACCCCGAGCACCUGGGGAUCGGCCAACUGUGA